AUGGACACAAAGAAAACCAAAAAGAAACCUGAAUUAAGUGAGCAGUUGUUCGUUGGGAAUUACGUGGAUGUUUACCAUCAAGGGAGCAAACAAUUUAAGUUGGCAUACAUUUUGUAGAAAACUGAUAAGGAAAUUGAAGUCACAUAUGAUGGAUUACAGAAAAAAGAAAAUGAGAUAAUUAAAUUAUCGUAAAAUCGAAUAUAAUUUGCGAGGAGAUCUACUUAAAAUUAUACGGGUGAUGACUAUAGACAAUAAAAAACAUCUCGUGAUUAUUUAAAAUACUCGCGCGAAGACUGCGAGAAAUACACAAAGGAAUUAAUAACAAUAAUGUAGACUAAUUUUCAGGGACUAACCCCAAUUGAAAUCAUUUAGUGUGUGCGAGUUAGAUAGUUCAUAUAUUUGGACAUGGUGCUUUCAAGCGAGUUGUAGGCAAAGGAGAUUCCGUUCGCAUUGGAAUACAUAAAGACCUAUUAUAAUUUUAUCAAAUGGUACUUUGAUCAAUUUCCCAAAUACUUUGCAGACUACAUGAAAUACCUGAACAAUAUCGAACUCUAUAUAAUAGAUGAGCGAGUCGCUAUAGCAAGUUGCCUCUAAGAGGUGUGUGAAACAUUCUGCAUGUUGUUUGGUUCGAUAUGGAGACUACUAAAGUAAGAGAACUCCUUUUUUUAUUUAAAUUAUGAAAUUUUGCAGCAAUAACUAGAUAAGACCUUCACGACCCCAGUUUACCAAGGCUUCGUAAAUAACCCGAAUAUAGAGGAUUGGAGACUCUAUCAGGGUGCCACUGAUGUCAUUAAAUGCAUCAAAAAAACAUGGUAAUAUUAUUUAAGGACCAUGUCUUACUUUCGGUCUAUUGGUGGUCUUCAGAGUUGGGAGAACUUGUUGAAACCCUGUGAAGGAGGGGAGUACAACUAUAUCCCUCUCAAAGCCAUGACAAAAAUCGUGUUAACAUAACAAUACAUGUCUCAAUACUUCCCAUUGCAAGAGCAAGGCAACAUGGCUAGGAAGACUUUAGAGUGGUUUUAGUUCAGAGUGGCCAAUUUGACAGUCUAAGACAUAAAGGAUACUGAUAUUGACUUAAUAAGAGAAAAUGCAUUGGAGAUGCAAUAUUAUUUCUUGAAAGGAUAUUCAUAGGAGCAACUAAACAAAUUGGUGGAUGAAAUUCAAUUGUAAAUGGCAUUGAAAUUUCUGAAAUCCAAUUUCCUUGAGAAACGAGUCAAGGGUUUAAGUGAGAUUAAGGAUUUCACUGAAAAGCUCAAGUUUGAAACAAGUAGUCAAAUAAAAUUGAAGACUUCAAUCAAUAAGGAGGAACUCAUAAAAUGGAUAGUUUAUAAUAGGAUCCUGGAUUUUACAGUCCUGGGUGAUUCGGUACAUCCAGAACUGAUAAAGAGAGCCAGUGAUGUAGCCUUUUUCCUCUGUAAAAAUCAGGCAUUCCAGCCAGACUAUGUGGAUAAAAUCUGGCUCAACAAUUACGACAAACAUGAGACAACCCAAUUGGCAUUAUACGAAUUUUUCAAAGCAAUCUCGCCAGUUCUGUCAUUCCAAGGGAUCGAAAAGCUUUACAAUCACAUUUUAGCUAUCCCUUAUAACAAGUAUAAUGAGAACAUUGUGAGCAUGAUCAGAACAUUCACAGAAGCAGCCUUAUCUUAGAAAUUCCAUGAACAAUAGUUACAAUUAAAACCAGACAAGAGAUUCAUGACAUUUAACUAGUUGUGGGACUUGUUUCAAGACAGAGAGGACUCCUUAGUCAGUAGUCAUAUCCAAGAGCAAUGCUUUUAGGCUGCUCGUAUGAUCAUCUCACAAAUCCCAUAGACGAAAUAAUUCAUCUCUUAAUAUUUUGGAAGAUGUUUUGAAUUGAUUGGAAGUCACAAAUCAGUCUAUUAGGCUAUAAGUUUUGUUCAUUACUUCCUCGAUAAGCAAUUUAAGGAUGACAAGGGCAAAAAGGAGUUGAUUCAAUCGACAGAUGAAAAGUACAACAUCAUAGAGUUGUUUGUCAAAGACAUCGAAGUCUAUAUGGAGAAAGUGAGAUAAUAUUUCAAGAACGAUGUCACUUAAGAUAUCAUCAUUAAUGGUGUUUAGAAGUUCAGCCAAAAUGUAUUUUUCAGAUUGCAGAUGUUGAAUUACUUGCUGCAACAAACUGAACUCAAAAUCAAUUAUGAUCAGAGUGUCAGAUUGUGGGAUGCUUUGGCUGCUAAAACUAAGGGAGGUAUUUAGAAGAAGGAAUUAAACAAAAUCCUUAUCAAUAAUUAUUAUCCAGAUGUGUCUUCACUCAGAAUUAAUUAAACAUACUUUGAUAAGGAUGGAGAAUAAAAGUUUUUCACCUAAAUCCUAUGCAAUUCUGAAAGGAAUGAUUAUGAAAAUUAUACAAUCGAAGAUUUCGAAUUAUUUUAAGUGUUUUUCAAAUCCUUCAAUCAAACUAGGCAACUGUUGAAGUAUUAUGGAAAUUCCAUGCGCUUCAUUGUGAAUGAUCAUAAUUUUGAAGGCAAGAAUGCCAUUUGGCAAAUCUUUGCUAAGGUUAAGGACCUUGCUCUGCUUGAACUAAUUGCCAAUUUCAUACUCAAUCUCUAUACUUAACUCAGUCAACCAUUAGACACUAAAUGCGACAAAAUAUAUCAGGAAUUGAUGGACAAGUGUUUGGAAUUGAUCUAACAAUAGUGUCCUAGUUUAACCACAAGAUCCAUCAAUCUAUUACUAUCUCUAUUCAAUCACUUCUAAAGUGGUCCUCCUUCCAAGAAAUCCCCAAAACCAACCAAUUAUACAUCAUUUAAGGUGUAAAUCUAUAACACAAACAAUUAAACAUCUAUUAAAGAAUUUAAAGAAGGAGAUACAACAACAGUGAAUUAGUGGAAAUAAAAGUUAGCUGAGGAUUUAAAAGUAGCUUAUUCGCAAUUAGAUAUAACUGUCGAUAAUAAGCUAAUUGAAUAAUAAUAUGAUUUUGUGGAAACUUAUGUCAAUCAAGUAUUCUACUAAAUGGCUACAGUGAGGGUGAGAAUCAAUAACAAAAAUCACCCCAAAAAUUAUCUUUCUCAAGACCAACGCACUUUUGAAAUUCUGUUCAAAUUACUUGAUAAACAAGAGAGUACUGAAUUCUUGAGUUAGGUUUGGGAUUUGAUUAAUAGAUUGCCUACUAAUAUUUAAAUUAAAAAGUAAGUAGAAAAUUGUAAGGAUUGGAAAAAGUACUUAGAUCACUCAUUCUUUGAUAUGUUUUAUGUAUUAUAAAUCAUAUAAGCAUUAUUAGUGAAUGGAUAAUGGUGUGAAUAAUUUAAUAAUUUCGAUGGAGUGGAUUUGGUAACAUAAAAAUUCUUAGGUUAAAAUUUGCAAUUCUAACAGAGACCACUUGAGAUUAAAUCUUGCUUCACAUAUCUAGAAAUUCUCAGUCAUCAGAAUAUUAAGAUAAGGGAACCUCAGAUAAUUCAGUAAAUCAAGCAGAAAAUCAUAGAAAUUAUUCAAGAACUCUCUCAUUAUGUAAAAAGCAAGAAAAAACUAGAACAAGGCUAAAAGAAAACUCCAUAAUAAAAGGAAAUGAAUGAAAUUGAGACUCGUCUUCUCAGGAGAUGCUUCAAUUAUCUAGAAGAACCUGGUUGUAAAUAAUACAUCAGAUAAAAUCACGAAUUAAAACAACAACUCUAUAAUUACUUUGUGGAACAUGAAAAUUAGGAACUCAAAAAAGAAUACAGCAAUCAAUUGCUAUAUUUGAAGAACACUUAAGAGAGCAAAUUGUUGAUUAAAAUCAUGCUUGAUGAGGUAUUGAAGGAUGUGAUUUCAAAUAAUAAAUAAAAAUGCGAACACAUUUUUGAGUUUUUUUGUAACCUACUACUCUAAGAAGACGACUUGAACAUUGAGAAAUUUGAUUUCGAACAUUUGUUAUCGUACAUCAAAUAAUAACUAUAAUAGUUGCCAAACAAUGAAAUCACUGUUAAAGAUUAGGAUUAAAUUUUGAUCGGGUUACUCAAACUCUUAAAUGUCAUUAUUGAUAAACUGCCUCAGCUAUCAUUAAAUAACUAAUUAUUUGAGUAGAUUUUGAGUUAUUUAUUUGAAAAUGAGGGAGAAACCAAAUGCAAGUGCAAGUCUCAGUAAUCUAGAACUGCUGGAUUCAAUUGCUUGUCUACUCUCUUGAAAAACUAAUAAAAUAUGAAUAAGUUUUUGAAUAUUGUGUCUCCUUUACACUCAACAAACACUUGGAGAACCAAACACUUAAAUGAUUGGAAUAUCUAAAGUAAAUUCCAUGAGAAAUCAUCGACCGGAUAUGUUGGUUUAUACAAUUUAGCAUGCAUUUGUUAUAUGAAUUCUCUACUCCAACAAUUAUAUAUGGUUCCUGCUUUCAGAGAAAAGUUAUUGAAGGUAGAGGACAAGAACACUUGUGUUUAGGAAGAGAAUCUGCUUCAUUAAUUGAAAUGUCUGUUCUUGGCAUUGAAGAAUUCACAAAAAUAAUAUCAUAACCCAAAGAAGUUCUGUCAUGCUUUCAAGGAUUUGGAUGGGAAUCCAACAAAUAUUUUUGAACAAAUGGAUGUGGAUGAAUUUUGUAAUUUACUUAUGGAUAGAAUUGAAUUGAAUGUUAAGUCAACCUCAGAUGAAGAUCUAGUUAAACGCUUCUUUGGUGGUGUCAUGUCCAAUGAAAUAAUAGGUAAGACAUGUCCUCAUUAUUCCGAAAGAGAAGAACCCUUCUUUGCGAUAUCUCUUCCUGUUGCAAAUAAAAAGAAUCUAGAGGAGUGUCUACAAACAUUGGUACAUGGGGAUUUGCUUGAAGGAGAUAAUGCCUACAAUUGUGAGCAAUGUAAUAAAAAAGUCAGUGCUUUGAAGAGAAUGUGCAUUAAGAAAUUGCCAGAUCAUCUCAUUCUUGUAUUGAAACGAUUCAAUUUUGAUUUCGAUUUGAUGGCAAAAGCAAAAAUCAACGAUAGAAUUGAAUUCCCAUUUGAAUUGGAUAUGCAACCUUACUCUUAAUAGGGAUUAAGGCAAUAGGAGAAUAGAUCUAAUAAUUCGAAUGGACAGGACAACCCUUAAGAGUAUUAUUAAUAUAGAUUAACAGGGGUUGUUAUUCAUAUGGGUUCAGCAGAUAGUGGGCAUUAUUAUUCAUUUAUUCAGGAUAAGAAUGAUUUAAAUAAAUGGUAUGAAUUCAACGAUAUUCUUGUGUCUCCUGCUGACAUAAAGGAUCUUAAGAACGAUGCAUUCGGUGGGGCAGAUAAGUUCUUGAAGAAUAAAUAUCCUCCUCAAAUGAAAGACAAAUCUAAAAGUGCCUACAUGUUGUUUUAUGAGAGAAUUAACCCAAUAAACGUCGCUGAUUAAUCAUAAAAAAUCGAUGUUGAAAUGGAUUAGAAAACAAUGCACUUUUUGGAUGAAAUCAAGGAUGAAAACAGGAAAUUCUAAAUUCAACGCUUUAUUUUUAGUCCAGAAUACUUUACUUUUAUGUAGAAUUUGAUUAAGUUCUAAUUAUAGCAAUAAUAAGUCUAAGAUCAAAUCGUAAAAACACUAGUUUUCUUUUAUUUGACAUGUGCUGUUAGAGAGAAUGAUAAAACAUUUGUCUCAAAUAACAUUGUAGAUAUGUAGGAUUUAUUAAGAAAAUCACCUAAAACUUGUUAAUGGCUAUUAAAAUGCUUCAAUUAGCCAUAAUACAUAAGAGAAUUUUAAUUUGAUUGUUCAAAGAAGAUGGUUAGGAAAUUUGUGAUUUCAAUGAUAAUCACAGCCAUAGAUACUAUUUAAUAACAUGAAGGCUACAAGGAUCUAUUUGAGAUGGUUGAUGAUAAGCCAAAAUCAUUAGUGGCUUCCUUGAUAAAUGCUUGGAUCUUAAUGAUUCCAGAAUUGAAAAAAAGUCUAAAGAAUUCUGUUGAAUUUUACGAUCUUUUCUAUAAAUUUGCAAAACUGCAUUAAUCUAAUGCGCAAUACUUAAUUUCAAAGAGAUUGGUGGGCAAAUUGUUGGAUUUGUCAAUUGAAGUGCUAUUUGUGAACCCAAAUAAAAAUUUGAUUCCUCAAAGAGAAGUUGUAAGAAGAAUGGAUGAUAUUAAAGUCAUGAAAUUCAACGAUGAUCCCAGCAACUAUUUAGGAUAGUAAAACUAUUAGAAUGUAGAUGUUGCUUCAAGUUAUUAUGAUGAGUUAUUGGAAAAGAAAUUUGAAAAGUCAAUGAAUUCUGGUCCUUCAACAAGUAGAGUGUAUUUGUGGAGAGUGAUAGCCUAUUUAAUAAAAGGAGAGUACAAGUAAUUGCUAUCUCCAGAGGAGUAGAGUCUACUUCAAUUUGACAUUCAAUUUAUCUCAAUCCUUUUGGAAGAAGGAGAUUGCAAAUUGGCAAUCAGAAUGAUUUCAGAUAUUCUGUGCACUUUUUCAACGGAUAAUUAAAAACAAAGUGAUGCAGUUAUCACUUCAAUCGUUAAGUAAAUAAAUGAUAAGGAAUACAAAGAAUACAGAAAGUAUUUAGUUGUUCUCAAAAGAGUGUUUCAAAUAAAGGAUCAAAUUACUGCUACAAGAAUCAAUGCUGGAAUGACUAAGUUAUUGGACACCAUGCAAAAAUAGGGUCAAUACUUUUUAGAAACUGAUGUUUGUUAGCAAUACAUUUUAAGGAUGGUCUUCAAGAAUUAAGCAGUCCAUCAAUGGAUGGUCAAAAAUUAAAGAGCUUGGCAAUGGAUACUAGAAAACCACAAUACUCAACCACCUCCCAAUGACAGAUUAAUUGCCAACAAUCAGAUCCCUUAGAAAUGUUAACAUAGAUUACAUAACAUCUAUCUACCCAACACUUCCUAGGGAUAUGCAAAAUUAUUGAGUUGGAAGAAAUUAUAAUAUGUCAAUUUGCCCAAAGAACCUUUCAAAUAAAAUGAUGAUUUUGAUACUGACGAUGAUUUGACUGAAAAAAAUGUUAAGGUGGAUGACAAGAUUGACUUCUAUGACUAAAACCAAUGGAUUACUGCGACUGUCAGCAAAGUGAUGGGAGAUUACAUUCAUCUAACCUUCAGUGGAAAGAUGGCACCUCAAAAUAUGGACAUUGAAUUAGACAAUGAACGACUGGCUCCAUUUAAUACUCUAUCUAGCAACAAUAAAAUACCUGGGUACAAUAACCAGAGUUAUGAGAUGGUUAUUGAACAUCAGUCUGAUCAUGACAAUGAUACAGAGGAGGGCAACAAUAAUUCAAAUAAUUAAACUGAUUCCGAUGAAGAAUGA